CUAGGCUGAGGCCCAUCUCUUCCACUCAUCUCAUCAUGGAUGGAGCAAAGAAGGCUAAGGGAAUGACACCACUCCACUGGGCAGCUUUCCACAACCAGCCUCAACAUACCCAAAUGCUGCUGAAGAAGGGGGCAGACCCCACCCUUGUGGAUAAAGACUUUAAAACGGCUCUCCACUGGGCAGUCCAGAGUGGAAAUAGAAUUCUGUGUUCCAUCAUUCUGAGCCAUCACCAGGGUCCGUCUAUAAUCAACUAUGAUGAUGAGAGUGGAAAGACAUGUGUGCACAUCGCCGCAGCAGCAGGUUUCAGUGACAUUAUUACCGAAUUGGCAAGAGUCCCUGAGUGUAACCUGCAGGCCCUGGAUGUGGAUGACAGGACACCUCUGCACUGGGCUGCAGCUGCAGGGAAGGCAGAAUGUGUGCAGUCACUGCUGGAGAUGGGCAUGGACAGCAGCCUGCGAGACAUCAACGAGAGUACGCCCCUGGCCUAUGCCCUGUACUGUGGCCACAUGGCCUGUGUCAAACUCCUCUCCCAAGAGAGCAGAACAGAGCCUGCUCGACCCCUUCCUUCCCAGAACAGUAGACCCCAGAAGGAGGGACGCUUCAGCAUGCUCAAUCAAAUCUUCUGCAAAACCAGAAAAGAAGAGCCGAGGGCCUGUCAGAAGCAUCACAGCAGAGAUGCACACAGUGGGGAGAACACCUCAGAAGUUGAUGACAUCAUCACCACCUUUGACAGCGUCAUGGAUACCAACUGCCAAGAACAGCCUGGUGAUCAGGUGGCAACGACUGACUUUAAAAAGAAGACCUCAGAGAAUUCAAAAUAUCUCUUGCCAGAAAAGAAGCCUCUGGCCCCUAAGGGGCUUCCACCAAUCAGAACACAGAGUCUCCCACCCAUCACUCUGGGCAAUAACUUCCUGACGGCCUCCCAUGGGGCUACUUCUCAUGCUGGCCUGAGCUCUGGUACUCAUUAUAUGGCCCAGCGAUCUCAGAAAAGCCGAAGUGAGCAAGAUUUAUUGAAUAACAGAACUGGCGCCCAGCUAUUGCUAGAUAACCCCUGGAGAGGUGAUUCUAAUCAGGUGCUCUACAAAGCUUGGACUGUGUCCUCUUCUGAUAAGCUGCUAGACAGGUUGCUCACCAGCAGAUCCAGUCACCAGGAAGUCUCAGGGCCUCCAUAUCUUCCUCAUCUACAUAAUCCUUCAUCAGGUAAUUCUGAUGCAAGCCAGAGACGGAACCAUUGCUCUAAAGCAGAGGCUGCAAAACAGCUUCCACGAUAG